AUGUCUCUGUCCCCUCUUGCUAUUGGUCUUAUUGCUGGUCUCGGUGGCGCGAGCCUGCUGUUCCUUGCCAUCCUUUUGACGGUCCUACAACGACGCAAGAGCUCCGCCACGAACAGUACUUCACCAGCGGGCAUCGAAGGAGGCACCGUCGUGCCGCCCACGGUGCCAUCCGUCGUUCCACUCAAUGUCGCUCAGCAAACUCCGCGGUUAACAGCCAAGGCCCAAGAGGUUCUCGCCCUCUCGCCCUCAUCGAUACCCGGAAGUCCAUACACGCCCUCCUCCCCUCCUCCCAUUUACCAGGCACACAAGAUGAGCGACUCGUAUAGCAGCUUGGACAAGAAAACGCUGCCCAUAUCUCCUCCCACCAUUGUGACGAACCUCUCACGCUACUCUGGCGUUGUCUCCUCGCCGUUCGGAAUACCUUUGAGCCCUAUCCUCGCGAGCCCUAAUCCCCGCACGGCGAGCUACAGCUCAAAGGUGUCAAGCACGAUCCCGUCACUUCGUCCAAGUGUUGCCGCCGAACUUUCAGGGUCCUGGCUACCGCGAUACAUGACCGUAUGCGCGACCUUCACGCCCAGGGCAGAGGACGAGAUGCUCAUCACUCUCGGCGAGAAUCUGCGCCUUUUGGAGAUAUUCGAGGAUCAGUGGUGUCUGGUGCAGCGAGUGGGGAAACUCGAAGGGGAACUCGGCGUUGUCCCGACGUUUUGCUUGGCAGAUCCUCUACCAGUGAAGGAUUCCAAGGCAAGACUGCAGGUACCUCAGCCGCCCUUUCUUGGAAGUGGCCAUCCUCGAGCGACCACUCUCCUAGGAUACGCCUUGAAGAACGGCUAUUUCGCCUGUGUUCUUUGA